CGGGCGGAGUGCGCCCGGCACCGCGUCGCUGAGAUCUCGCAGUCGCCACGCGGAGCCCCGUGGACGAGCCCGACACCCUCUGUGGUUGUCACCCCGCCGUCCUGACACGGGCCUCUGCGCCUCACUCAAUCUGUUGUCUGCGUGGGGAGGGUCGCCAGCGUCAUCUGGAUGGUCGAGGGCCGUUUGCAGCUCCCAUGGGGCCCACCCUGGUAACUUCUGGCACAUCUUCGGUUUAUCCCGGUGCUGGAGAUUGAACCCAGGGCCUCAGGCAUUCUAGGCAAUGAUUCUGCGACUGAACCACAUCCCAGCCCUUACAUUAACUUUUAAGGAAGACCAUCCAGAAGGAGGAAAACCCCAACUAAUGUGAAGCUGACCCAAAUAAUGACAGGGAGAAGCUCCUCCAAGGUGCUGUCGUCAGUUCCUCUCCAGAUGCUGCUUCAACUGAGCAGGCUGUACUACAGCCUGUAUUUCCUGGUCACCCUCCUGAUGAUCGCAUAUAAAAGUCAGGUGUUCAGCUAUCCUUACAAUUACCUGGUCCUGGAUCUGGCUCUCUUACUUCUAAUGGGGAUUGUGGAAGCAGCUCGGCUGUACCUGGGCACAAAGGGCAACCUCACCGAGGCUGAGGCCCCCCUGGCCAUCAGCCUUGCCCUCACAGCAGGCAGCGGCCUCCUCGCUGCCUACUUCCUGCUCUGGCAGACCCUGGUACUAUGGAUGGACUCAGUUCUCAGUGCCGUGCUCCUGGUGCUCCACGGGCUGGAGGCCGUCCUGCAGGUGGUGGUCAUUGCCGCCUUUGUCCGCUAGUCGUGCCAGAUCAGCCUGCACAGUGCUCUUCCUCAGCUCCCGCCAUCACCCUGCUGCAAGACAGGGAUCUGUUCUGCUGAUCUGUAGAUGGGUUUAGAUGGUUUGACUCAUCUUUUUGGGUGGGGCUGGGGCCAAAACCAAGGAGGAACAAGCUGUUGGGGACCUAGGUGUUGAAAAUGGCCACCCAGAGGAGGAUGAAUACCAAGGAUGUUCACUCAGACCCUAUGACUUGGGUUCUGGCAGCAGGACCACUGCUGACCACCAGACCAAAAGGCAGAAAAGCCCUUCAGGAAGGAAACUGCUGGGGCAGCCCAGUGGUUCCACCAUGUUGCCAUCUCAGAGAAGCAGGAUCCUGGUGGUUUCUGAAGCCAUUCCCAUAGGGAGGGCUUGGCUGUCUUUGUCUGGCACCAUGUGUUUUCUCAAACAUCAGUUCUUCACAUUCAUGCUUCUCACUCUGGCCUGAUGCAUAUUCUGAGAGCCCACUGUCCUCUGUUGCUGGCCUCACACCAAGCUGGGCUUCCUUGCAGAGUUACAUGGUGGCAGGCCCUGCAUGCUAGUGUCCCCCAAUUUGGCUCCCUAUCAAGGCCAGCCCAAAACAGAAUGGCGUACAAGGGUUUCCAAAAACAGGACAAAAAGAAAAAGAACAAAAGAAAACCUCAAAUGGGUCAGACAGGUCUGUGUUGAGGUGUUUUCACUUUGACCAUCACCUGAGGUGGAGGGUUCUGGGAGUUACUGAAGGUAGAAUAUAGAAUAAGAAAACAGUCUAGGAGCUGCAGUCCCCUGAACCUCAGCAGCAUUUACAGUUUGUGCUGAAUACAUUCCAUCCCAUAUCUUGACUCCAUUCCUAGACUUAGUGAAUUCACCUUAACUAUGUGAGCAGAUGUUUUGGAGGGGUAUUUGUUUAUGUGUGCGGUGCACCUGCCCUGCUGCACUGGAGGAAGUCAGAGGACAGCUUCACUUUGGAUGUUGGUCCUCGCUUUCCAUCUUGUUUGAGACGUGGGCUUUCAUUGUCCACAGCUGUGCUAGCCAAACUAACCGGCCCCCAAGCUUCUGGGUGAUUCUCCUGUCUCUGCCUCCUGUCCUGCUGUGAGGAUUAUAGACUCCUGACUCUACACAGGUUCUGGGGAUCCAGACUUGGAUACUUAAGCUUGCGUGGCAAACACUUCGCCCACUGAGCCAUCUUCCCCACUCCUUAAGCAGAUUUUUGCAGUCUCUUUCCUUGGUUUUUAUCUGUUGUGUGUUUUCUGUUUGAAAUGAUGUUAUGGUUAUAUAUCUCUUUUUAAAAUAAAUAAGUAACCAGGUGUGGUGGCGCA